GAAGAGCAAAGGAUCAUUUACAUUUUUCUCCAAAUACUAGUAACACCACCUUUAAACCACAAAGAUAGAGAGAGGCCAAAGAGAAGAAAAGAGGGUUGAUACUGCACCAUUUAAAUCUCUAUUUGCAUUAAUUACACUGUUACAAAUCUUGAAGUAGGUGAAAAUUACGAGUGAAGACGAUGAAUGAGACAUCAAAAUGGUGGUGGAUUGGUGCAAAUCACAACACAUCAAAUUCCUCUCCUUGGCUUAACACUACUCUCUCUGGUAACUCAAAAACUUAUCUUUUUACCUUUUUUGCAAGUUCCACCCUCUCGCAAUCACAAAAGCUCUCUCACAACACAGAGAAUAAGCCAAAGCUCAUUGCCAUGGUAGAGGAUUUAUACCGCUCGCAUCGCUCAUUGGCGCAGAAGCAUGAUCUCUUGAUCAAAACCUCUUCUCUGAAUUCGGACCACAGCCAUAACUCAUCAACCUGCGACGAGCUCCGGUCGGAAUUGUGUGAAGAAACAGAGUCUGAUGGUGAAGCUGAAAGUGAAAAAGACCAAAUUGUUGAAUUUGGCGAUGAUAGUGAGACAAUGAAGGAAGAGUUGGAGAGAUUGAGAGAAGAAAACAGAGUUUACAAGAAGAUGAUGGGAGAGAAGAAACAAGUAGUGACUUUGUUGCUUGCAAAUUUAGUUAGGGUUUGCUUGUGUUCUUUUUGCUUCCAAUUCAAUUGCGAAAUAUUUUCUUAUCACCUUUUGCGUCUUUGUUUACUAUCUCAUGAUUCUAUGCGAGGUUGGGUGCUUUAAGUAUGAAUAAGACUCAUAAUGUUUUGUUUUAGAUAUCUUGAUGAUUAAUAAAGAUUUUGUAUUAUCUCAA